AUGCUCUUCAUAUCCAGCAUGUGUUUCUCUAAACUAUCGGUCAUCUACUUUAUCCGAGACGUGACACCGUUAUUCAAUCCCGAUCGCCUUAUCACUGCUGGUCUGGAACUUUUGACUAUUCUAUGGGCUGGUAUUGGUAUUCUCACUGCUGUCUUCCAGUGCGGAUUGCCUCGCCCGUGGGACUAUCUCCACGGUCAAUGCAUUCAACAUGAAAGAUGGUGGACCUAUAUGUGUGUGAUGAAUAUUGUGACCGACUCCGGGGUGAUGGCUCAUAGAAUCUUUAUCGUGGUGCGGCUUCAGAUGCGCUUGAAGAGGAAGCUAAUAUUGACGGUUAUUUUUGGACUGCGUACCUGCGUGAUCGCUGCCAGUGCUUGUCAGGCUUUCUAUGCCAACCAAGUGGUUGAAUCUCCUGAUCCGACGUUCGAUACCUCGCUGUUUACAAUAUCUACACAAGUCGCUCAGUGUUUGGGUCUUAUCACCUGCUGUUCACCUCAAAUGAAACCGUUCAUAGAGAGUCUUCGCUCAUUCGGCUUCUACGUUGAUGGAAGGCCGCGUCACGGUUCUUCUGGCGUGAGGCACGAUGAACUCCUGGCACGACCACGAAAACAGGAGGAUCUUUUCCAUCAGCAGCAUGAACUGGGGACUAUUUCUCCAUUUAACAGCUCUUAUCAAACAGCAGUGACUGCCUCGCCAUCAAAACGAGAUUGGGAUGCCGGAAGCCAGUCUAGCCAGGCUCAUAUUAUCCAUGAGAUCCGCACAUGGACUGUGACAGAGUCUGUAAAAAAUACAUCGCCGGUGGUUCUCUAG